AACUGCCAGUAAUCAACAACGUGGCCCGGUCAGUGUUGAACAGCGGCACUAGUCGAUUAGAAAUAAGCACAGCGCUGCUGCUCGGUCCAAUAAGUUAAUUUUGCUAAGUAAAUAUACAAGCACGCUGUCGGCAACCGCGAUAAGAUACCCCCGUUACCACCCGCAAUCAAGUGUUCAGCAAAGUGUUACGGUGGUAUCCUUACUUUCGCCAGUAUUAAGCUCCACGUGAGGAAAAAAGGCGCUGAAAGAAAAAAAGAAAAUCCAAGGAACACACACACAUACACAGAAACACAAUAAGACACACACACACAUUAACACACUCGCAAGGAACACGUACACAAAUGCGCGCGAUUGAAAAGCGCUAGGUCAGAGGAAAGUGAAAAGCGCGUGCGACAGGCACCCUGGGAUUCGGAUACCGAUUUGACAGCCAAAGCAAAAUGAUGGUCUACCGGGACAAGCACAUCCUCAGCGCCCAGCAGCUGCGGAAGCUGAGCGAACACAAGUAUUCCUGCUUCAGUGCCUCGCUGCUGGAUCCGCUCCUGCAGCCGUGGUGGAACUGGCUGGUGGCCCAAACACCGCUCUGGCUGGCCCCCAAUCUCAUCACCAUUGUGGGCCUCAUCCUGAACGUAGUCACUACUCUAAUAUUAAUCUGCUACAGUCCCAAUGGCGUGGAGCCACCCCCGCGCUGGACCUGCUUGCUGUGCGCCCUGGGACUGUUCAUCUACCAAAGUCUGGACUCCAUUGACGGGAAGCAGGCACGUCGGACGAACACCUCGUCGCCUUUAGGAGAGCUAUUCGAUCAUGGCUGCGACUCCAUAUCCACCGUGUUCGUGGCCCUGUCAGCCUGUAUAUCCUGCCAGCUGGGACACUAUCCCAACUGGCUCUUCUUCCAGUGCUUCUGUGCUAUAGCCCUGUUCUACUGCGCCCACUGGCAGACGUACGUGUCCGGAACGAUGCGCUUCGGACGCAUCGAUGUCACCGAGGCUCAGUUCUCCAUCAUAGCCAUACACCUGGUGUCGGCUGUGCUGGGUCCCGAGUUCUGGCUAACGAAGCUACCGUACUUCGACUGUGAGACUCGAUUUUUGCCAAUUUAUGUGGCCUGCGGAAUUGAUUCGAUUCUAGCCGUGCGCUACUCGAAAUGCAUUCUGACCGAGGGUUGUGGCAAGAACGGAUCAUCGGUUGCUGGAACUAGUGUGCUGUCACCCAGCAUACCGCUGACCUUGGUGGUGCUACCGGCUCUGAUGAUCGCCCAGAAGUCGCCGCAGAACAUCUUUACGGAGCACGCGUCGGUGUACAUCAUGGCCUUCGGCAUGGUGGCCGCUAAGGUCACCAACAAGUUGGUGAUCGCGCACAUGACUAAGUCGGAAAUGGAGUAUCUGGACUGGUCCCUGCUGGGCCCAUCGCUGCUGUUCCUCAAUCAGUACUUCAACUGCAUCGUGCCAGAGAUCUGGCUGCUGUGGUUCACCCUGAUCUGGGGCACACAGGAUCUGUUGCGCUACUGCGCCCAGGUAUGCCUCGAGAUCUGCCAGCACCUGCGCAUCGAUCUCUUCCGCAUACCGUACGCGCCGAAGGGAGCUGCAGCAUCAUCCUCCCAUCCGGCCACCGCCUCCGUCAGCAGUCAGAGCAACUUUGGUAGCAGUGCGGACAAGAACGGCGGCACCACCCAUCGAAAGUCGAAGAGCAAACCGCACUAGGUGGUUUCCUUCCGCACUAUUUAAACUAGAAUUUUCAUUUUACAAUUUAACGUCGUUAGAAAUGAUGGGGGAUACUCGUUGGAGGAGCGCAGGCAGGCGGGCGGGCGGAGCUGGCAAGAAAUACAAAAAAACAAAAAACUGUUAACACAACCCAACAAAAUUUACCGUCAAUGAAGAAACCAACAAAUAAUUAUUGAAAACCAUUAGAAAAAGGAAAAAAGAGCAAAGGAUUGCUCGUUCGUUUUAAGAUUUAGAUUCCUACACACACUUGUUGUAGCAAAAUACGAGAAUGGCUAGAAGAGGGCUGCAGGGCUGCAGGGAGAAUGAUACAAGUCGGUGGCAGACUCCGAUAUCAAUUAAAUGGCUAAAAUAUAUACACAUAAAUAUAUUUUGUAUAAUUGUGUAAGUUGUAAUAAAUCUAGAUUGCAGUAUUUUUACUGUGCUAAUUUAAAAACUUGUGCAAAAAUGCCAAAACAGAAAAAAAAAGAAAGAAAGAAAGUAAGCCCAGCAAUAGAAAAUACGUUUUUGGCGCUAGGAAGCUCAACUUUACGUUUAAGUUACAAGACUUAUUGGCUAAAAAUAGAAAUGAAAUGACAAGAGAAAAUAGCCAGAAAUGGAAUUUUCAGUUUAGCCCGUUUAUUAAUUCGUGUUACUCGUAUUUAGUGCUUAGUUUGCUACUCAUCGGGCGUUUGUUAGCCGCGACAUUCUUAAUGGUGACUCAUUUCAAAAAGCGCAUUACCUAUCCUGACCAUAGGGCCAUAAUUAAUUUGGUGCGACUAUGCAUCCUAGGUGGAGACAAAGACCUACGUAUAUUGUAUAUCUGGCUCGCCCAACCACUUUAUAGUUAAACUAUUAUGAAUUAUGUUUUAUGUUGUACAAGACGAAAAUGAAGACAAAACUGCAGAAUAAAAACGAUCUAAACUAAUUGUUUGAUACAUUUUAA